AUGUUUUGGGCUUACGGAGGUUAUGACACUUAUUGUGCUAGUCUAAAACAGUUAAAUAACGCUUUCGCAAUUUUAGAACAAGAUGCUGAUUUUCCUGUCGAAACUUUUAAAAAGCUUUCGCUUGCGGUUAAAUCUUCGGUUAGUUUUCAAAACGUCGCUUUCAUUUAUCCCAAGACUAAUGCAAAAAUAUUAGAUAAUUUUUCUUUCAACUUUCAAAGCGGUAAAAAAUACGUGAUUAUUGGACCUAACGGAGUUG